AUGGCCGCAUCACACGAAAUCGCCCAACUCAAGGCCAAACUCACAUUAUACGAAGAGCAUCAUCGCAUAUGCAACGUGAUUUGCCAGGCUUCACGCAACUCAAUCGAUGAAACAUUGGUUGCGAUCAACGCUGAGCCUCAGCAUAUUCAGAUCAUGUCACCCUCACCCAGUGUACACCAUGGUGGCUAUCCCCCAGUAUCACCGGGCCUUAGGAUUAUUCGUUUCUCACGGGAUGAUCUGGAGAAGAGCAGCAGGAAAAGAAAAAACUGUACUGAUAAGACUCCAAGGCAGCCUCGGCAGAGGUGGUUGGAUGCCAGGACUGCUGUCAUAAAAGACAUCAACAACAAACAACUUCAAGUGAGAACAAUACAACAUCCAGAUACUAGUCUGCUGGGAACAGAAAAUUCGGCGUUUGGAAGAGGAAGAUUACUGGCGAAAAGUGUCGCUAGUCUACUCGUGCAAGCUCAGCUUGUUGAUUCGCAGGCCCGCGUCUGGCUGUUUUCGUUCCUUUCUUCAAUCGUGGCACUGGUGAAACUGGCAAUACUAUCUGACACGGAGGUUGACGACCUCAUGCGCAUCCUGGACGUUGACGGAGAGCGUACUUAUUAUUAUAGGCGGCAAAUUCUGGCUGGAGCGGCUUGGAUGAAUGAUGAAGUGUUACUGGGAUUGUGCGAGAAAGGUUGGGAACUUAACCACGCCACAGCUGCUGUAGCCUUGCACGCACCCUCUCGUCCAUUCGAGUACGCUCAGAUCAAACACAAAAGUAAUAAAGAUCCUAUCGUUGAGGCAUUUCAUACGAAGAAGGGAUUGCCACAUUUUGUCAACAUCCCCAGGUGGUCUAUUCCUGAUCAGGUCCUGACGUGGGAGCUGGGAUUGAGUAAACAACAUAUAAUCGAAGCGCUUUAUCCACCUCGCCCAUCACGCGACAAACCCGUAUUGAAUCUGCAACAGAUCGCGCCUUCUACAGUAGCCGUUACGAACGAACAAUUACGAUUCGUAUCACGACAACCAAUCCCAAAUUCGACGGACGUUCUAGAGACUUACGACUGGAGAACGGACGAUGCUGUGACAGUCAUUAACCCCACUAAGUCAACGGAGACAGCAAAAAAUACACGACCCGCGUAUUCUGACCAAACGUACGAUUAUUAUUACGUCGCUCUGGAACAUGCGACGACUUCACGUUUAUCUAACCCUUCUCUGGUGGAAGCAAUACAGCAAUCCAAGCAAUGGCAGGAAGAACAAAUACAAUGGAGUGAAGAGCCUGCAGACGAUUUUCGAAAAACAAAGUGUCUCACCUUUGGGCUCGUCAAAGACUUGACCGAGAGAUGCAUCGUUAUGGCCGUAGUGGGUGGCCCACCAGCCUAG